CUGCUUACAUGCACAUGCAGCUGCAACUGCGAACUAAAAUCAAAACAAACCGAUGCUGGGAAUGACAGCUUUGGUUAGUUUGUAUAUUCUAUUCUUAACCAUUCAAAUUCGGUUGUUGUAAAUUGUUUAAACACGCUAUUAUUAUUAAGUGUAAUGGUUUGACAUAUUUGAAGUAUGUCAUAUUUAGUACUUUAUACUGUUAUCUAAAUUUAUUAGCAAAAAAAUAACUAUGUAUAUGACUUAAUUUUUAACGGGUUUUCCCCACUUUUUAAAUGGGGUUUCCCCAUUUAAAAAUGUGAUAUCUUUUUUUGCGAUGCAAUAUAAAACUAGAAACGAGUAGAUAAAAAAUUCAUUUUCUAGUAAGCUCGUUAUGGCAGAGGCUGAUAGUUCAAGUUCAAUGGAAACUAAAAGUUUAGAAGAUCUUACAAAAAAUGAUGAAUUUUUUUCUAGUCUGAGAGAUUAUCUUAGCGAGGAAGAUGAAUCUGUUUCUAGUCAGAGUGAUGAUCUUACAAAGGAUAAUGAAUCUGUUUCUAGUCAGAAAAAUAAUCUUUCAAAUGAGGAUAAACCUGUUAGUAAUCAAGAAGAUGAUUUUGCAGAUGAAGACGAAUCUGUUUCAAGUCAGAGGGAAAUAGAAUUUUGUGAAUUAUAUUUCAAAGUAAUAGACAAGCAACUAGCUAGAGGUGAUUAUGAAGAAAACAUUAAACAGGCAGAGCAUUAUUUUGAAGAAAUUCGUACCAAAGUUAAUAAAUGGUGUAGAUUUAAAAAGGAAAAUGACUUUGAGCAGAUAAAUCUUUGGAAACAUUCAUUCUAUUACAGAAUGAUGUGCAUUUAUUUUAAUGCUACUUGCAUUUCUAGUGCAGUAGCCCAUUAUUUUGAGAAUUUUCUCAAUCAAAAUUCAAAAUCUUUCAAAUAUUUAUUGAAGAAAAGUGUUCUGAGAAUCUGUUCUGUAGGAGGUGGGUUGCCUUCAGAUGUUGUAGCUUUGAUCAAAGUUUUAGAAUCAUCAAUUUAUUUAAAAGAUGAUGUACACAUUCAUAUUACAGUUGUUGAUGUGGAUAAGAAAUGGAAAAAACCGUGUAUUGCUAUUCUUCACAGUUUGGAAAAUUUUAAUAAAGAAAAGUGGAAAAUAGAAUUUGUUGCCUUAGAUCCGUCAUCACUGACCAUAAGUCCUAAAGUUGCAGCUGCAAUCAAAGAAGCUGAUUUUGUUUCAUUAUUAAAGUUUUUGAAUCAGUUGGAAGACCAAGAUAUUGAAUUCAAGAGAAAGCUUUUUCAGAACCUACACCAUCUUAUCAGUCCAGGAUCAGUAUUAUUUCUCAUGGAUCAUGCUACCAUUAAAGUUAUGAAGGUUUUUAAUGGAUAUCUCGGAAGACUUCACGGACACAGACUUCUUUUUGACGUUCCUUGUCGUCUGCACGUGCUUCAACUAGCCACCGUGGAGAGACAUUAUCAGUUAUAUAGCAAGCAUUUGAUGAGCAGUGGCAUAUGCAACACAUCUUUCAAAUUAUUCUGCAGAGCUUGGGUUAGAACCAAUGAAACUUUCUUGCAUACCGGUAGCCUCGUGGAGUCGUUUGAUCCAAAGAUUAAGAAAGCCGAAAGACGCUUGGAGGAUAAGAAAGCCUGGCAAGGUCAGCUGCGCUUGUUAUGUCGCCAACUGAGCAAUAAUAAGAUUUCCAAAGAUAUGGUUUCUUGGAGGGACUGUUUUGUCAUCGAAAUGAAAAACCAAGGUUGCAGCUCGAAGAGAAUUCGAAGGACACUGAACGCUGCUGAGAAGGAUCUUGUCCUGAGGAAAAUAUAUGCAAAACAGCUGAUGUUUGCAGCUUACCAAGAUUUCCUGGAAGAAGCUCAUGAAAUCCGUGAUGCUCGAAAAGAAAGCGACGAAGCACUUAAAGAUGAAAAAAGAAAGGAUUUUUAUAAAAUGAGAAGCAGGGCAGAUUUUGAAUAUAAAACUUAUGAAAGUUGUGUCAAAAAGUUGUUGCGUCGCCUUCAACGAAAUCGAUGUACAAAAGCAACGCAAACAAAAGUUGCAUUAAUAAAUUAAAGAGCUUUAUCGUCAGAGUUUAUACAGUGUAUUACUGAGCAUUAGUAGUGAUAUUUUGUUUUUGUAUUGUAGAUCAGUUUCUUUAGUAUUUGCCUAAAUAAAAUCACAAAUUAAAUUAUAUAAAUCACAGAUUUAUUGAUUUUUAUAAUCGCUUUCUAAUUAAAUUUGAUUUCUUAAAAUGUAAUUCUUUCAUUAUCUGAUAGAUUGGUUAUUAAUACUUAUUUCAGCUUAUGCUCUUUUUACAUAAAUAAUUCAUAUAUUUUCAGUGUUAUAUAUUUUAUUCUUUCUUCUCGUAACAACCACCGGGUUUGCAAAAUAGGUAACUACAUAGAGGUUUUGCAGCUUGGGGGGGGUCAAAUUUUUUUUUCUUUUUUUUCUUUUCUUUUUCCUGGCUGGUAGGAUAAUUAAAUUUUGUUCUUUUAUUUACUUUAUAGGACUAUUUUCCCGAACUUCAUCAAAUUAAAAUUAAAUGCUCGUUAAAAUCAUUAUCCUUAAUUAGUUUUGUUGUUAUUUUCAUGCAUACAGAUAUGUGGUUUUGCAAAUGACUUAUUCAUUUUUAAGUCAAUAUUCAUGACAAAUAUUACAUUAAAAUAUCCGAACUGUUUUUUUUUUUUUUUUUUACAAUUUAGUAUUAUUUUGUUUUUUCAGAUACUGAAACUUCUUUUGUAAAGGUGACCAAUAAUUAAAUAUUGUAUUGUUUCUCUUUGUCUUUGUUACUUAAAACCAGCUUAUAUAGAGAUUAAAUGUAAAAUGAGAAAAAUUGUCUAAUUUGUGUAUUGUGAUUGUAUUGUGUGAAAGGGAGAGAAGGCUCUUGAAAUUUACAUUGCUUAAAAAUCCUGCCAGGAUUUUAAUACACCCUUGUUUUGCAAGUAAAAUUUUGUGUUUGUCAAGCAGUUGUGAUAUUUAAAACAACAAUGAAUCUCUGACAUUGUGAUAUUUAUAACUAUACUAUAUAUUAAAUGCUGUAACUAUACUGUUUUUAUUUCAUUUGAAAGGAGAAAUCUCAAUGUUUUGUAAUAUAU